AUGGCCAAAGACACCAAGCAUCGCACGAUAACCACAUUCGAAAUCAAGCUCGUCGAACCGGGGGACAUUCCUGCAAUUACUGAGCUCUGGUACAAUGCGUUCAGCAUCCCGCAGAAUCUGAAGAUGUUUCCAGAUACCCCAGGAGUCCGGCAGUGGUGGGAUGAAGCACAUCGGCAGGAUAUACUUCAUAACCCACACAGAAGAUAUCUCAAGGUGGUGGAUAUUGCUUCACCUUGUUUUAUGGUUGCAUAUGCCAAAUGGGAUCUGAAUCCGCAGCAAAGUGGACGGCGGUUUCCCCCGUGGCAUGAGGAAUCCGAUCAUCAGGCUGGCGACGAGCUGUUCGGGAUGCUCGAGAAAGAGCGAAACAAGUUCUUCGGUGAAAAGCAAUUCUACUAUCUUGACAUGCUGGUCACACACCCCGACUACCGACGACAGGGCGCCGGGUCUAUGUUAAUCCAAUGGGGCUGUGAUCGGGCUGAUGGAGAAGGGGUUCCUGCUUAUGUGGAUGCGCAUCACGCUGCUGCUCCUCUGUAUCGAAAGUUUGGUUUCCGUGAUCGAACGGAUGUCCAGGUCGAUCUACAAGGGGCUCUACCAAUGGUUAGAGAGUACAACUGA